AAGAGGUUGAAAAUGUGAAAGGAAGAAAUGAGGAAAAAGAAAGAAAGGGUUAAAGUUGAUAAUUGGAGGCAUUGAUUGAAUGAGAAAUGGGGCCAUAAAUUAUGAUAGCAGCACAGCAGCACAGCAGCAGCAGCAAGCAGUAGUUAUGAGAUCACUAUAUCUUUAAUCUCUUUUCUGACCAAACACUGCCAUCAUCAACUCUUUUUCUUUUCAAAUUGUUUCAAAGUUUUGCACCAAAUUUCCCCCACAUCCCCACUUUUUUCACCUCUCAGUUUUUCUAGGUCUAGUUGGUUUUCUCUCUAGACCUUAUAUAUAUCUGCAUAAUAUACCAUAUCAGAGAGAGAUGGGUUAGUCUGCAAAUUUUGGCUUGAGAAGAGGCUGCAAUGGUGGCAGCAGAAGCUAGUAAAAAACUAGGUGUCCUCCAUUAAAAGCUGGAUCCACUAAGCAACCAUCAUCAUCGUCACUUUCAUCAUUAUCACCCUCAUCAUCUUCCCCUUCUUGAACCUCAAGAAACUGUUUUAAACUCAAGAAAUGCCCAACAGCAACCGGAAGAGCAACAACAACUGCAAAUCCCUUUACUGUCAUCCAAGAAACGGUCUUAUUUUUCAAUCAUUGAGCAGCAGGGCAUCGAAUAUGCAGGAAAAAUGGGAGAGACACAAAACCAACAGCAAAACCAACCAGCUGCAACAUCGUCAAGAUUGGGGACUCGAAACGCAGGAGGCGAGAUAGUAGAGGUUCAAGGCGGUCACAUUGUUCGCUCGACGGGAAGAAAAGAUCGACACAGUAAAGUUUGCACUGCGAAAGGACCUAGAGACCGCAGAGUCCGCCUCUCUGCUCAUACUGCAAUCCAGUUCUACGAUGUUCAAGACCGCCUUGGCUAUGACCGUCCGAGUAAGGCUGUAGAUUGGCUAAUCAAGAAAGCUAAGGCUUCCAUUGAUGAGCUUGAGGAGCUUCCGGCUUGGACUCCAACUGCAGCUGCAGCCACUGCUAAAAACAGCAGUCAGCAGGGUCAGAUUAGUGAUGAAAGACAAGAUUAUCAGCUUCCCGUUCAUGAUUUUGAAGCUGUUGGUGAUACUAGUAGCAUAAAGCAGCAGCAGCAGCGGCGGCAGCAACAUCGACAUUUGGAUGAAAACCUGAACAAUAGUUCGAGUUUUCUUCCUCCGUCGUUGGAUUCGGAUGCUAUUGCGGAUACAAUCAAAUCUUUCUUCCCAAUGGGCGCGGCAACAGAGACAACAGUCUCGUCCCCGUCCAUACAAUUUCAGAACUAUCCACCAGAUUUGCUAUCAAGAACCAGCAGCCAAAACCAAAACCAAAACCAAGAUCUGAAGUUGUCACUUCAGUCAUUUCAGGAACCAAUGCUUUUACAGCAUCAUCAACCACAGCAACUCUUGUCAUCUGGAACUGCGUCUCAUCACUUCGGAUACGACGCUGGGUGGGCUGAGCACCACCAGAGCCACCCAGCAGACAUUAGCAGAUUCCAGAGAAUGGUUGCCUGGAAUGCUGCUGCUGCUAGUGGUGCAACUGGUACGGGUGGAGCAAGUAGCAGCGGCGGUAGUGGCAGUGGUGGAGGAGGGUUUAUCUUCAACACCAUACUGCCACAAACGGCGCCACAGCCACCAUCGCCACUGCUGCAGCAGUUGUUCGGCCAGAACCAGUUCUUUUCACAGAGGGGAACCCUUCAGUCCAGUUAUACGCCUUCAAUUCGUGCUUGGAUAGACUCAGAAAAUACUUCUGAUCUCCACCAUCAUCAUUAUCACACUCAAAUUCCACAAAUCCAUCAUCCACAAUCUGCCAUUUCAGCUACAGAAUAUGGCGGAUUCUCUGGAUUUCGCGUGCCAACACGAAUUCAAGGCGAACAAGAGGAGCAUGAUGGCAUUCACAACAAGCCAUCCUCUGCUUCCUCUGAUUCUCACCAUUGAUUAAAACAAAAGAACCCAAUAAUCUCAUCUCAUAAUAUAAACAUGUCUAUCUCAAGAAUUUUAUUUAUUCUAUUUGCAGGAAGGACUUAUAACAUGUUCAACACAAUUAUGGAGGAGAGGUUAUGGUUGCAUUUUGAGACAAUUCAAUGGAAACUAUCAUUGGAAGAGAAAGAUCUGAGUGGGAAUUUUCAGGUUUUUCGAUUCCGAGUUUGUUUAGUUUUUCUUUCAUGUUUCAGGUUUUUCGGUUCCGGGUUUGUUUAGUUUAAGUCUUUGUUUGAUUUCCAUGUUUGAGUAAGCUUUUAAAGCUUAACUCUGUUUGAUUUGAGUUGAAUCGCCCUUAAGUUUGUUUUCUGCUUUA